AUGCACUUGGUUAUCCAACUCGCCUUUUUUAUCCUUGUCUCUUUACGACCUCACGACGUGUCAGCCUUAAUUACAGGCACCGUAUCUUGCUACGACCAACAACGAUCGCAAUGUCAGAGUGCGCUUGCUCAUUGUCGUCUGAUGGUGUUGCUUUUGCUGCGCGUCAUUGUCGUGGCUUCUGUUAUGCUGGCAGGCUCUCUUUGGGAUGAUGUAUGCGCUAUUCGUAAAGGUGUUACCAAUCAUGUCCCACAACAGCCUAAGGCUGAAAAGCCAACAACAGCAUCAGCCCACCCAAAAAAGAGGAACGAUCAUCGUAUCAUCAAUGAAAGCAUCAUUCAAGAGCAAUCCACUCCUACAACAACAACGCCAUCCUCUGCUUUGGAGCAUCCAUCUACAAAGGAUACGCCUUAUCUUGGCAAAACCACUGAAGCUGAAUCAAAGCCAACCACCGACAAGGUGUCAAUACUACCACCUUCUGCUGCUGCUAUCCUACCCGAUAUCACUGUCAAUGAAGAGAGCUCACAAGAAAACGUACCAUCGAUUGAGGAAGAGUUACCACCAACAGAGGAAAAGCAGGAGCAACAACAACAACAACAACAGCAACCUUUGGCGUCUCGUAAUGCAUGCAAUGAUGCAACUGUUACAGCCACAGACUCGAGCGUUACUGCAGGUGGUACUGCAGCUGAAGAAGCUAACGCAUCCAAUGAUGUGGGCGAGCAGCAGCCUAUUCCCACCACCCCACAUGUGGUUGAUAAGCAAUCUCCCCCACAACCAGAAUCGCAACAACAACAACAACAGCAGCAGGUAUCUGCAGUUGAAGAUGAAACAAUGACACAAUCAUCACGUACAACAACAACAAGUGAUAAACAACAGAACAAUGAGAUGAUUGAAGCACCCACCAUUGUUGCAAAAGAAGAAAAGCCAAUCCCAACAACAACAACAACACCUUCUCCACCUUUGAAGAAUGAGCCAUCUGCACCCAAACAAGCAGAAGAAAAGAAGGAAGUCCUUACUACACCACCACCACGAUCAUCAUCCAUUCAACCACCACCACCACAAAAACAACCAUUGCAGGAAAAUCAGCAGACUCCAACGGAAGCUGUUCCGGCAAAACGCCAUGGCCGUCGUCACCACGAGGAUGAGGAGACUGCAUCAUCAUCUGACGAGACCAUCCCAACCCCACCUGAAGAAAGACAAAACAGCACACCUCCCAAGAAUAGCCGUUUACUCAAUAUGGCGGCGAGAGCAGCUGCUGUUUCACCACAACCACCACCACCACAACAAUCACCACCACAGCAACAUCCAAGUGAAGAACCCAAGCGGUCUUUUAGUCUACGCCUGAAUCGUAGCAGCAGCAGCAAUCUACGUGCCAAAUUCGACUCUUUGGUCCAUCGUAAUCAAAAUGGUGAUAAACCACCUCGUCCUAGCAAGCAACCUUUUGCAUCCUUGUCUCGUAGUCUACGUCGAUCGAAAACACCAGUGACGAGCGACAAUGCAUCCACCACAAGCAGCAACAAGCGUUUACAAGGCACUCGCAAGCGAUUAUCCAAUCUCUUUCAAUCAUAA